AUUCGUUGGUAAGUAGUAUCUGCGAAGCUAGCUGUUUAUGAGUAUAAGUAGAUGAAAUUAGUUGCAUAAUGGACAAAUUUAACAACAGCGCCUCACUUAUUUUGUCCGUAUCUCUGGGAAACUAUUCUCCACAGCGAUCGUUUUCCUUCUCUCUAACCUCCAUGACAUGUAUAUAGAACACUCCAUUUAUAACCUAUUAUUUGUUUACAAACUAAGUUAAAAUAAAAUGAAUUUUGAAAAAAUAUGUCGCACAUGUUCAUCUGAAGGUGAAUUAAAAUCGUUAUUUACAGAAGACUCUAUGUUAAUUGUGAAUAUGUUAACUGAAGUUGUUGAUUUAAAGGUAAGAGAAAAUGAUAAUUAUCCACAAAGCAUCUGUAAACAAUGUUUGGAAAAAUUAAUAUCGGCGUAUGAAUUUAAAAAACAAUGUCAGGAUGUACAUAUUAAAUUCGAACAAUGUGUACAAAGUCUCGUAAAACAGGAAAUUUAUGUUAAAGAAGAACAUCAAUUUUAUGUUGUAGAAGAUGAAAAUGAUUUAAAUUGGGAUGACGAUGAAAAGCUAUCAUCUGAACCCAUAGUUGAAUCAGAAAAACUAUUUUCUGAACCUAUGAUAUAUUCCGAAAAAUUAUUACAUGAACCACCUGUAGAUUCGGAAAAACUAAGUCUAACAACUUCACCGGGGCCUCCUUCACAGAAAACGAAAGCAAGAAAGAAAAAAAAAUUAUAUACGUGUAAUAUUUGUACAAAAAAAGUAACGAAAUUAGAUCGACAUUUAAGGUCGCAUACCAAGGAACGGCCGUAUAAAUGUGAAAUUUGCGAAAAACAAUAUUCUACAAAAGAAUGGUUACAAAGUCAUGUGAAAAUUCACGCAGGAGAUCGUCCGUAUGUUUGUGAACUGUGUGGACUUGGUUUCGUACUAAAAAGGUACUUAUCAGCCCAUUUAAAAAAUCAUUCUUCUGUGGUUUCAAAUGCUUGUAUUGAAACAUCGAUCUCUGGACAAGACGUUUUUAGUUGUAUUUACUGUUCGAGAACUUUUCAAUUACGGAAACAUUUAAAACUACAUUUACGACUUAAACAUGCCGGCAAUUUAGAACCAACAGAUAAUGGGGAAUUCUUAUGUGAAAUUUGUAACCAAUGUUAUAAUACCGAGGAAACUUUAUCGACACAUAAAUUGUUACAUACGGAAAAACCAUAUUUAUGUGGCGAGUGUGGAAAAAGUUUUAUGGGAAUAACAGGUUUACAAUUACAUAUUAAAGUUCAUACUGGAGACAGACCAUUUAAAUGUUCAGAUUGUGAGAAACAAUUCACGACUAAAAAUAAAUUGGAAAAACAUAUGUUAAUUCAUAAAGGGGAAAAACCGUUUAAAUGUGAUAUUUGUAAUCAAUGUUUUCGACAAAUGACACAUUUAAAAAGACAUAAUCUUAUUCAUACGGGUGAAAAAUUUUAUGAAUGUACAUUUUGUAAUAAAUCAUUCGCUAUCAAAGAAAAUUUAAUUGUACAUGAACGUAUUCACACAGGGGAAACUCCUUAUUUGUGUUCGAUUUGUAAUAAAGGAUUUACUAAUUCGAGUAGUAUGAAAAAACAUAAGAAAACACAUUUAGGUACUAACGAAAAAUGAGAGCAUUUAAAAUGAAAGACACCCUCAUCUUUUCAUAGAGGGUGAUGGAUCACUUUUAACCGAAAUCUGAACUUUAAACUCAGUCCAGUACAAAUUAAC